AUGCCCUGGCGCGAUGAGUGGCCCGUUGGAUUGAAUGGAGAAGAGUACGACGGCAAACAUAUUCUGACACUAGCGCGGGACAAUGCUAGUCCCUUUAAAGACGUCUGGAACGUGCAGUUGCUCAUCGAUGACAUUGAAGAGAAGCUCCAAGUUAAAGUAACAGAUAUCCCGACUAUCGAUAAAGGCUCCAACAACUAUGCUCGGCGGAGACAAUAUUGA